AUGCGUAAACUAUUAUCUCAUUUCUACCACCCGAGUGGUCGGUCUUCAUUUCCGCUCUCGUCCGAGAUUCAAUUCGACGCCCGUCAGCCCUGGACAAGCUGGGCGCCGUACUGUUCCUACAUGGAGAAGCAGGGAUCGUCGGAAACUCUCUAAAGUCGUCUACUACUAUCACAAGAGAGGCGAGAUGCUCUACACGCCGUCUACGCUUGAUCAACGACAGUUUCGCGAGCCGACGAACAACUCUUCAAUUAUUCCAUGAUUCAGCAGAGUACCUUCUCUGAAGACUGAAUAAAAGUUUCAAAGUUUCAAAAGUAAACUAGUAAAAUCCACGUUUGAUGUCGAAAAGUGGUGAGGUCAAUUCGACGUUCGAUUUGAAAAGUUUGAAGAAAGGAAGACAGAGAUUCUAUACAAAUCGCGGACUUAUUUGAAUAUUUAUUGAAAAGUAUAUUUAAACCGAUCAGAGUUUCGAUUCAUUUUUAUUUCAGAAAUGAUCUUAGGGUCCCUUUUACUAUAUUUUCAAAUAUUCUCUCUUUGACAGGGAAAAAAACAGCACCAAAGAGAAUUUCAAUUGUUUUCAAAACGAGCCAUCACCCAUUAAGGACGUCUUUUUCAAGUGGCGCUUUCCACGCACGCCGUGCGUACUUCUUUUUGUGAGAUUAUAUGGACCGAAAAUCAUUUUUUGAGGAGAGAAAGCGAAGUCUCUCAAUUAAAGUUCAACAAAAAGAUCAUUCUCAAUAAUUCUGUGAAUUAGUUCGUCAAAUGAACAACUACAAUUUAAAAAAACGUUAUUUUUUUGAAAAAUUAGAUUCAAGCUUUUUAAACACCUACUGUUAGGUAUAGAGAAGCUAUUUUUUCUGUUAUUUUCUAGUUUCUCUCGUCUAGAAAAGCUCACAAGAAGGUGAUUCUACCUUGCGGUUUUGAAGAAAAUUCCAAAAAGCUCAUUUAAGCUACUUUGGAGUUUUCAGCCCUUCUUUCACAAAAACUAGCAAAUUUUGCAGGUUGAGGCUUUCAAAGUUCUUUCGGAACAUCGAGGAGUAUUCUGGCCUGUUUUCAAGAAUUUCCCAGCCACAAAGGGAAAUUAUCUUCCUUGUCAGAGCUUUUCUUCAUAUUUCCGAGAUAAACUUAGUCUGGGAUGCUUAUCGGAUUACUGUUAACCUCGUCGUUUUUCAAUUUAAAAAUAAUCGCCCAUUUUUCUCAAAUAAUUUGAAAACGACUUGAUCCCUCAAUCAUUAUUCAUUUCGCCGUUUCAAAGAGUUGCAAACCAUGCAAAAUUACGUGUAUAUGACCCGAAACCAUGCGGCCAGCUCGGCCAAUUUCGCCGAAUUCAAAAGGACCAUGGCGCGAAUUAUGACGCGCUCGAUUUGACUGACAAAAAGUUGGUCGCCUUUGAUUUGCAAUGUGUCGGUCGGGCUGGCGCCCAAUUACGGUGCGGCUCCAGUUGGGGGGACCGAGUCAAAAAAGAAGAAAAGACAGAAGAAAGCAAAGGCGAUCGCAUUAAUUGGUUGCGGCCGGCUGACCGGCGAACACCAAAAACAGACACGUCUUUUCCGAUGAGCGGAUUGGCUGUCAUUACGAGGCGGAAGACAUCUCUAGGAAAGGUCACUUUUUGCCGAAAACUCAGCACGGUGAGAAUAGGACGCUGGACCAGGAUGCUUCAGAAGAAUUCGAGCCCAAGUUGAUAAUUCUGAAACCAAAACGAAAAAGAACUGGACGACAGAAGAACGCAUUGCCUGUCAUUAAGAGGAUGGAAAAACUAAAAGUGCUUAAUUUUUCAUGGCAAAACUCAGUAUGGUAAGGAAACUAUUCGAGCGUAAUGAGAAAUUCUUACAACAAUAAAAAAAAACCAAAAAAAGGUUAAAAGUUGUGUUAAGUUGUGAUUAUUUACAAGGAGAAGCUGGACCAGAUUGCUCAACUUUAUAUAUUUCAGAUGAAGAAAGUUUCACUGUCUGAAGCUUUCUCUCAAUUUUUCUUUUCCCACAUCCUCAAAAUCUUUUUAUUUUCUUUCAAAAAAGUUCGAUGAAUCUUCAACUUCCACAAUAUCCUCGUGUCCUUGAUGACUCUUCUUGUACAUCCAAAAUAAAUCGUGCCGAAAAUGAAAUUGGGCAUGAAAUUCCAAGGUUGGUUCGACUACAUUCAACCCGCUAAUGUUCUUCUUUUUUCUCGAAACAUUUCGAAAACCCACCUGGCCCCAGCUGCAACUACCACUCUGUAACUCCCUUGUCAAUCAAAGAAAAAAGGCAAGGGUCAAGAGCGACUUCCGUAAAACGACGCCGACAUGUUCGGCUAGCACAGGCAGCAAUUUUCCAAGGAGCAAUCUAUCCCCCGAGAAACCGCGCACCCCGUCUCACAAUGUGAUGAUUGGCAGAUUCGCGUGGAAAAUGACACACAAGCACAUACACAAGACGAGGUAGACCUCCAUAAUCCAAUUGUCAUCAACGAUCUGCCAACAAUCGUUCGGCUCUUGUCACAACCAGAAGCAUGUCCAAAAAAGGAAAACAGAAGUCGUCAGCUAACAUGAGCAAUUCGAGGUUUCUGAGAAUCCUUUAUUGAAGGCAUUUUUGAGGUUCAGAUGCUAACAACGCACAAGCAAUGAAAUUGAAAUUGAGUUUGAGUUUGAGCAUCUUUCAAGUUAGUUCCUGAUUUUUUGAAAAUUCAUGACGUAAAUAAGAAUUGCUGAUUUCUCAGUGCGGCCGACCUUAAAACGACUUGCGUCUGAUGGCGUUCUAAUCAACGUCGGAGCUCAUAUUACUGCCGUUCUUGGGAAAUGAAAAAUGUUUCAAGCUGAAAAAUCGCCUACUGCCAUCUGCUCAUUAUCCAACACUUCCAUAAAUACCAAAUUUCAGGACAAAUAAAUAACCCUCAUCAUCUUCGUUGCUUAUCGCGCCCAUCGCGACCCGAAAAAUUCCUCGUUCCACACAAAUCCAUCACAAAGAGCGUGGCCAAACGCCAAAAGGCUAAAGGAUGGCUCUUCGCGCCUGCGCGCUAAUUAAUCACCGGGGCAUCCGGAGGAGGAUGAUGGCCAGGUGAGAAAAGGUGUUACAACACGACGAGACGUCGUCGUCACGUCUCUCAAUCGGCUUCUUGUCAAAACAUUUGGCCGCAAUGCGAUUUCUCGAUGGAGCACGGUUUUAGAAGGAAAAAACGGCCACCAUAUAUUUCAAAAAUUGAAGAGACAAUUAAACAAGGUUUGAAAAAAAUCUAUUAAAAAAACGCUUUUCUGUUAGGGCCCUUUUGAAAAGUUAGUGUGAUUGCGCAAAGUUGGUCGAAAAAUUGAUAAGAGAAGUAAAAGCUCAGAUAAUAUUUUUUUUUGUCUUUGCGUCCAUUUCGACUUCCUGUAAACCGUAAAAAAGCAUCUCUAUCCGCUGAGUAAACUAAGACAAAACAUUAAUCGACAUAUUGCAAAAAUUUAGAUUAUUUGAAUUGUCGAUGGAGCGCGUUUGAAACUCAAAAAACGCUAUCAAAGAUUCGAUUUCCUUCUAUUUGACUUACUGAAGUUAUUUUUCCUUCAAUUCAUGUACAGUUGAAACACCAUCGUUUGUCUAUCUACAAGCAAUUUUACGGCUCAAAGUGCGCUCUGUGGAUAAAAAUCUUGCCAAGGUUCUUCGCGAGCUGACCAAGACUUGCUGAAGAUCAAUUUCGAGAAUACCAAUUGCAAACGCUCAAAAAUUUCUCUUAAAAGCCGAACCCAUUUUCCGAGGUCCAUCGGAUCCAGCGGAUUAUACCCAGACCAACGGAAAUGGCCGAUGGCGAUCUCGCGCAGUUUCGGACAAGACCAAUAUCACACGCAACAUCUUGAUGAAUUGUUUCCGCGGGCGCCAGAGUUGCUACGAGAGCCUCCUUUUGUGCUCCGAAGGGAUCGCCGGCCCAUUAGUAGGACCAUGAAUAAUACGCGCCCGGGCAAGUCUCCCGGGAUGAUCUUUCAUGUUGUGUAACCUAGAGUUGUGGAAGAAGGAGGAGAAGAACGUUUUUAAAGACGUGCCGAGUUGUUUUAUCAUUCCUCUAGCUUCUCGAGGGAUUUCGAUGAGUUUCCAACGUUGAUGUUUUUGUUUUUCAAGCGUCCUUGGCCUAGGCCCAGCGGUUGUGAGAAUCGAGGAACAUUAGCUUCAGAGCGAAUUUUCCUUAUCCUUAACAGGGUCAGUUCGGAGCGAAAGGAGUUGUUCGUUUUGGUUUUUGAAAAGACUGUCCUUAGAGCGUCAAUUUCUUCUCUAUACUGUCCAAAGUUUCGCGUGAAAUCAGCAAAAUAAGCGGCACAGCAAUCACUCCUCAAGCAGAUCAACUUUUUUUUUAAAAUUCUCGUUUUUUUUUUUUACAUUCUGAAAACGUUCAGUUUGAGCUUCCACUGAGUAAUAAGAUUCUGACGACGCUUGAAAAUGGGAAUUUCUACUCCUAAGCAAAUAAUGAUUUUCGAGUAUAUCAGUCGAAUAUGUUUAUCCGGAUAUGAGCUCUUUUUAAAGCUAGACGACAUAAAUUUCCAUUCAAAAUCAAAGAAAUGGCCACUUUUGGAUUCAAAUCCUCGCUCUGUUCAUAGAAUAUAGUAGAAUUUACACUCUCCCGAGCCACUUAUUGAACAUAAAACUAUUCGGAAUAAAUUUUCGAUUUUCCACUUCAAGUAGUCCAAAUAAUGUACCUUUCACAAAAAAUUAAGCUAUCUUUUCGUAUUUAAAGAAGUUCCAUAUCUUUUCCAAAAUUCUCCAAUCCAUUAACAGUCUUGAAUUCUUCAUAAACUUCCGCCCAAAAGACGCCUCAAAUUUCCAGUCGUUAACCAUUUCGGUCAAGGCUGAAGGAAUAAAUUCUGAAAACUUUCCGAGAUCUGCGCCUGGAGAAAAAAAAAGGGCCGCAGACCGUUUUGCCGAGGCGGCCGGAACCACAACAGGUGGCCUCUCCGGCCCAUUGUUUUUGUUCCCUCGGUAUUGCUUGGCCCAAAACCAUAUUUGCUGUUGCUGUUGUUCUUUUUUUAGGGGAAACGAAUCGUUCCAAUUGCCAGCAUAUGGUAGCCUUUUGUAAUUAGGAGUUUUGGAGGAGAUCUCGAGAAGAAGCUCAUGAGAUGAAGCUGAAGAAAACCAAUAAACUCAUGUUUUUUUCUCCAGUUAAACUUGAGAAGGAGCUCGUCGAAUAAAAAAACCAUAUUUUGAGAUCUCACUUUAAACUUUCUUUAAAGUUCUUCAAUCAAAUAUCGGACGUUCUGAAAGUUCUUGAACUCAAAUUGUGCUCAUAUUUCAGAGUUUUUCUGCAUUCCUACAGUCAUUUUCAGUUAUCAAUUCUGCUCCAAUGCCAAACUUUUCCCAUUUUUCCAAGCCUCCCAUUACCUUUCAACAAGCAAGUAAUUUGCUCGAGGGAAAGUUCACUCUGGCAAACGAAUUAUCUGGACCAAAUUGGGCUCUCGACGGGAAACGUUCGCAUUUCAAAUGCGUUCCUCUUAUCAAGAAUUCAGGGUGGAUAAUCGGAUUGAAAUGAGCCACCACCACCUCGAGAAAGAAGAAGAAGAAGCAAUAAAACCGGGGCAGAUGACGUUUCUUGGUGUUAUGAUAGUCAGCGGUGUUAAUUGCGCCGACAUAUGGUCCUGCCUGAAGACGGCGGAGAAGGAGCCUGACCCAGAGCCAGGUCAAGAGGCUCAGAAGCUCCGGCUCACUUUUGUCAGAAUCCAUCUUUUUUCAUGAGAGCUAGAGCAACUUUUUAAUCGUCAAUAAUACUUCAAAAAACCAGAAAAAAAGAUCAAAUUCGUACUAGAGCAUAUUUUCUUGGCGAAAAACGCCGUCGGGCAAAAUUCAGGAUACUAAAGAGCUUCUGGCUCAUUUUUUGUCAGAAUCCCAUCUCUUUUCUGAAAUUCAAUCGUCAAAACUAACUCAAAUAUGACAAGGAAAAAAAAAACAAUAAAUUCGCACUAGAGCGUCUUUUGCCACUAUAAAUUGUCUUAGAGCAAUUUGCAGCAGUUAAAAAAGUUAUGGCUUACUUUUCGUCACAAUUCUCUUUAUUUGCAAAUUGGAGCCACUUUCGAGAAGCAAAACUGUCCAAAAUGACUCUGAAGGAUAAAAAAAAGCUUGUUUCAGAUCAACCUACAAAACUUGAAAAACAUUCAUGCUGAAAUGUAUCCCUAAAGAAACUUUUCUCCACUCAAAACAGCCAAAAUCUAGAAAAUAAAUCCAUAAUCUAUCGGGUUAGCAAACUCUGCUAUUCAAUAAACGCGAAAAAAGCCAUUUUUGGCGCCGACACAUCACAAAUCAGCCAUUCUCAGGCAACUGACCAUAACCACCAAAGAGACGAGGUUUGUCGGCACCUUUUCGUUCUCAAAAAGGCACUUAUCUCAGGUGCCGAUGGAUAAAAAACCACGAGAUCUCCGUGACAGAUGUGUGCUUGUGUUUGUGUUUGCGGUGAAAAUAAGGCCACGCCUACUUCGGAUAGGCUCCGCCCACUCCCACAUCCUCCUCUGGAGGAAAAUCUCCUGGCCACUCUUCUACUACGAAUUCUCAGCCUCGGCUCUAUUGUUUUUGGAGAAUUUUCGGACGAUGAGGGUGACCCUCGUCCUUGUCCUUCUCGUUUGGCGGACGACGGCUUCUGGGCACGUCAUCUGCCCGGUAUUCUGCGAAUGUGACGUCAUGCCGCCGAACAACGUCUCCUGGGCCGUCUACUGCCACAAGGGCGCCAUCAACGACAGUGCCUAUGCGGAGAUUUUGAACCGAUUACCCUUGACGUUGAGAUCUCUAGAUAUUCAGGUAGGAUUUUUUGGGCAGGUAAAAUUGAAAAAAAAGGGUAAGAUUUUUGUCGACUUUUUAGUAUAACGAUAUUCAAUAGAUGUCUUCUUUAAAUUGUUUAUACUUCUUUUUCAUUUAAUUUCUUGAAACCAUUUGACCAAGAUUUUUAGAAUGAAAUUUUUUCCAGUUUUUCAUAAAAAGGUUUUAGCAACAAUUUCAAAGCAUUCUAUGGGUGAGUUGAAAAAAAGCGCCUUGGUCCUUCCUAGCAUGUCAAAACUGGCUUCGCAAUGAUUCUCAUCACUAAAACUUCUCUUCCAGGUGCCAUCCUGGCGUCCAGCCAACAAGUUCCGCUGGAACGACAACAUCAACCGCUUCUCCCAACUUCGAGUUCUGCGUCUUGUGGGCUGCGGUCUGCCGGCCAUGAGUCGCAGCAUGAGACUUCCUUCCCUGGAAGUCCUAGACCUCAGACACAACGACAUCGACCAUGCGACGAUGGGCAACUUUGGCGGGAUGCCAGCUUUACGGCACCUCGACCUCUCUCAUAACAAACUGAACAUCCUGCCGACGGGAGUGUUCACCUACCUGAGGGCGCUCCGCUCGCUCUCCCUGGCCAACAACUCGAUCACCGAACUUUCGACAAACCUUCUCCGAGGCUUGGCCACUUUGAGAGUCCUACAUCUUGACGGGAACCCAAUUCCAUUGAAACAGAUCAACGAUCUGUUCAACGACGUUCCCCAGCUCGACGAGCUCUACCUCAACCAGUGUCAGCUUAACUCGAUCUCGAGUCUGUCAUUGGAGCGGGUACCUCAACUGCGACACCUCGGCAUCGCUGGGAACGACCUGAGGACGGUGCCAGGCAAGGAGCUGCAGAAGUUGCACCAUUUGACCGUGCUCGACCUCAGCAACAACUCGAUUCAAGAAGUCACGGGCUGCGCCUUCUGCAGCAACAACCUGACCAAGUUGGACUUGUCCCACAACCUAUUGGGCUUGGCCAAGGAGCCAUUCCAUCCGGACGCCUUCAGAAACAUCCCGCUUCGCGACCUCAACCUCGGCUUCAACCACAUGAACUCUUUCGAGUCGAGAUGGCUUGGCUGGGCUCAGGAGAGCCUUCUGAGUCUUGCCUUGUCCGGCAACUUUUUGAAAGGUUGGUUUUUCUCAAAACUCGGGAAAUAGUUGGGUUUCAGGCUUCAAUGAGGAGUUCACAGCGACUCUACCAUCGCUGAUUCAUCUUCACAUGGCUUACAAUGAUAUUGGCAAUCUUCCAGUCGUUUUUCCCCCUCCGUAUCAUCAAUUACUUUCUUUGAACAUUUCUGGCAACACUUUCCACCGUCUUCCCGACAAUCUUCAAGAAAGCUUGCCCAAUUUGAAGGUACCUUAAAUUUAGUCAAUUCAUUUCUAUACAAUAUUAAUGAGAAUUUCGAAAAUUUGUUUGUGUUUUAUAGUCCAUUAACCGUUUACUCUCUUAUUUUACAGCUUCAAUUUGAAGUUUUGGCCUAUUCCAGUUCAUUUCAAACACGAAAAACUGGAAAUUUUGAGAUUUUUUCUUCUAGGUCGAAAUUUUUCCACCAUAGCUUGAUUUGAAACAUUAAUUUUUACGUUCUUCCUAAUUGAUUUCGUUUAUUUACACUUUCUUGCUGAAGAAAUUUCCUAAAUAUGGAGAGCGAAAUUACUGCAAAAUCCAAUCAUCAACGAAAAAUCGCUGUUUUUGCAAAUUAAGUUAGAGUCUUAGAAUCUCAAUCCAGCACUGCCUUCGAAAUGUCUAUUCUCCAAAGGAAAAAAAAAAACCAAGUCCAUACACGAAAAAUAUGCGAUUCUUUGCCUUGAAACUGAUAUCUUAAAAGCAAUAUUCCUUCAGGAGCUCGACAUUUCGCACAAUCGUUUCUCGACCUUCUCCCAUGUCGCCAUCUCCUACAUCAAUCACAUCGAAAGAGUUUUUCUACAAGGAAAUCCUUGGGAUUGUAGUUGCUCAAUUCAAACCGUACAGGUGAAUUUAAAUUUUUCGAACAUGUCAUUCGAAAUAUGUUGACUUUUAGUUGGUUAGAAACUCUAAGAACUGUGAAUCUGUCAGCUAAAAGUUGAGUUUAUUUUUAAGUUCUACUUCAAUUAAUUUAUUAGAUUUUACUAUUGCAAAACUAAUUAGAAUUCUAUAUAUAUAUAAAGAUAUUAUUGUUAUUAUUUUUUUAUUUAUUAGAUUCGGCUAUUCUAAAUGAACUAGGAGUCUCAAAAACUCGAAAUCAUCUAGUAAAAAGUUGGGUUUUUUUAAAAGUAGAAACUCACAAACUUUUUCAUUUUCUGAUUCUUGCCCCAUUUACUCACUUCAAACUUUCUUUUCACCGCUUAUACUUCGGAAAAAAAGUUGUGAAAAAACUUGGAAAUUACAGGCUCACAUGCGAGAAAGAUACGCGAUGCGGCACAUUUUGCAGUUCAACGAGGCCAGGUGCGCGGAGCCGAGGCUUGUCGAAGGCCAAUCUAUUUUAUCUAUCACGGAGGUGAAAUUUCCUUUACUUCUUUCUCUGUUUAAAAACCGUUUGAAUUGGUUUUAGACUAGAUGGCGAACUCAAAUUAAGCCAAAAAAAACUGAUAUAAAUUCUCAAGUUUCCUUAAGCGUUAUUUUCAAGUUAAAAAUGGAUUAACAAGUUCUAACAAUAGUCUCUUUUACCCCAUUGCUACCUUCUCGACUGUAAAUUUCUUCUGUAUCGAUCGAUCCUUUAAAUUCAUAUAACAUUUUUAUUCGAUAUACCUCUUCUUUUUUCCAAAUGAUCUCAAUAAAGUUGAAACUGGUUUCUAUGGGCUUUUCCUCAAAUUGCCGCUUCAGAAGCUUGAAAAAAUCCAGAAUAAACUAACUUUUCUUCCUCUGGGUCAAUUAUUCUCACCAACCUGAACGAACAUCUCAAGAAAAGCUUUCAAUCUGACCCUUUUCAGGUGAACGACUGCGCGGUCCUCUUCGGGGCUCGGUACGGGAUCUCGCAGAGCAGCGAGCUGCUGCUGCUCCUGGCGGCUCUCCUGCUCGCCGCCAUGAUCCUGGCGGUCGUGCUCCUGUGUCUGUACUGCUUGCGGGAGCGGCAGUACAAGGGCAGCUACGUGACGCGGGAACACUCUCGGACUCCUCUGACCAUGGCUCAGACCCACAGUUGCUCGUCGAGCACCAGUGGCCAUCAUGAUCUGCCGCCGAUGGACAUGCUCGGCGACCAUUUGCACCCGAUUUCCGACUCGCUCAGCGCCAGUCCGCCGCUUAUUCCGCCGGCGCCACCAAAACCCAACGCCGCCGCAUAUUUUGGUAUUUGA